AUGGCAACCCUUGCACACCACUCUAAAUCUAAAAAACGUGUUUCUUAUUUUUAUGAUGGUAGAAGGACGUUGGGAACUUUACCUACGGUCAAGAGUCCAAAACGCGCUACUCCGAGACAAAUGACGCGAUUCCAUACGGACGAAUAUAUCGAUUUUUUGUAUAGAGUCACGCCUCAAAAUGUUGAAGAAUUAUCAAUGCAACAAACUAGAUUUAAUGUCGGUGAGGACUGUCCAAUUUUUGAAGGACUUUUCGAGUUUUGCUCAAUUUCAGCUGGCGGUUCAAUUGAUGCUGCUAAUAAAUUAACCAGUGGAGAAUCAGAUAUCGCGAUUAAUUGGUCCGGAGGCCUCCAUCAUGCCAAAAGAUUUGAAGCAUCUGGAUUUUGUUAUGUGAAUGACAUAGUACUAGCUAUUUUGGAGCUAUUACGGUAUCAUCAACGCGUUCUCUAUAUUGACAUCGAUAUACACCAUGGAGACGGAGUGGAAGAGGCAUUCUAUACGACGGAUCGUGUGUUGACCUGCUCAUUCCAUAAAUUUGGUCAGUUUUUUCCGGGAACUGGCGAUGUCUCGGAUGUUGGAAUUGGUUCUGGGAAACAUUACGCGGUUAAUUUCCCGUUGAAAGAUGGUAUGGACGAUUGGAAUUUUCAAAAUGUAUUUCGACCGGUCGUACAACAUAUUAUGGAAUGGUAUCGGCCGGGAGCCGUGGUUUUGCAGUGUGGCGCAGAUUCACUUGCGGGUGACCGAUUGGGUUGUUUUAAUUUGUCAAUGAAAGGACAUGCUGCUUGUGUUGACUUUGUUAAAGACUUUAAUCUCCCAUUAUUGGUCGUUGGUGGGGGUGGAUAUACCAUACGCAAUGUGGCUCGUGCAUGGACAUAUGAGACCGGUCUUUUGUUAGGAGAAACCCUAAGUGAAUAUCUACCUUUUAAUAACUUUUUGGAUUACUAUGGUCCUGAAUAUAAAUUAGAUGUUCCAGCUAAUAAUAUGGAAAAUAUGAAUACACCGGCUUAUUUAGCCGAUAUGAAAAGCAUUCCUUUUGCACCAAGUGUUCAAAUGCAACAUGUUCCAAAAGACUAUGAAUCGGAAGAAGAUGAAGAUAACGAAAAUCCGGAUAUAAGAAUGUCCCAACGACAACGCAAUGUACUCGUUGUGCCGGAAAAUGAACUUUCGGAUUCCGAGGAUGAAGGAAAUAGACGAAAUGAAAGGAGUUAUCAUAGUAGUAAUGGAAAGGGAGAAACUUCAACGCGCAAAUCGCGCGCUAGUCAUAAAAAUUCGUCAAAUGAACAUGAAGGGCGCAGUUCAUCAUCUCGUGCACAUAAAUCAAGUAGUUCAGUUCGAGAACGUAGCAAGAUAUCAAAAUCAUCUCGUCCAUUCGCUGAUGAAGUUUUAAAUACAUCAUUUAGAAGAUCUAGCCCUUCGGCAGAUCGUCCUUCAAUAAUGAAUUCAUCAUCAUCGACGAGUACUACACCUAAACCAGCUGUUUCAUCAGUACCUGAAGUGACGACAAAGGAGCCUGAAAUACAAGAACCCAGCGUUUCUUCAACUCAAGUUGAAGAAACGACAACCAAAGCGACUGAAAACACCGAAGACAAUGUUAAUGCUAACAGUAACGAUAGCAGUAACGAUGUUAAAUCCGAAACCAAAGAUGAUAAUAACGACAAGAGUAAUGAACCGGUCGCAAUGGAAAUUGACACUAAUGAAUCAUCUAUAGAGGCUAAACAAGAAGAUAAAGAUACUGAAGAUGUUUUAAUGCAGCAGUAA